GUGUGACGACGUCCCAACAAUGAGCAAAAUGGGUAGGCGAGCAGCCUUCUCCACAUCAAACACAUCGCAGACCUCACCUGUGACACCAGAUGCACUAGCCGCCCUGUCCAAGGAGCACGACCCUGCUGUUGCUGAGGGUGGACAACCACACCACUCCCUUCACACAUAUCACGAUCUAAUAACGAUGUCGUUCGGGAAUGGUGCAACUGGCCGUAGUAUCACUGUUUCGGGGCCCGAGAAAGACCUGUUCCAGCAUUCAGAUCUCUCCGCGGACGAAUGGUGGAGGGGUGCUGCAGGCUGCUGCAAGUCUCGGACGCUAGCCCUGCAUCGCUACCCGACUCAAGGCACCCUAUCACUCCAUUUGGGCAACAACUCUCCGCUAUUAGGCCUGCUCGCAUAUCUCUUACCUGCUUCUUAUUCUCCCAAAAUUAUGCCCAAGUAGGUGCGUGGCGAGGCAGCUAUCUAUAAUCGAUGACCAGGCGUAUGCCUGUCUUUUCGCCACCGUCUACUCUUCUUUCAGCAUUGAUUGUCACUCCAGACCCUUCAAACUCUCUUCUUCUCUCUACUACCCAAGACGAUCGUUCUCUACUCGAACUUUGUC